AUGAGUGCUCCUAACCAUCAAAUUCCAUUGCAAAACAAUGGCAUGGGGAUGCAGAACCAGCCUCAAAUGGGUGCAGCCAACCAACUAAACCAAAACUUGAUGCCACCCUAUGUGUCAAACAUGCAACCAUCGAUGAACACACACCAAUUCAUGAAUGCUGCUAAUCAUCUCCUUCCAUUGCAAAAUAACCAGUUGCAUAUGUCUAAUAUGGGUAUGAGUGUGCCUCCGCAGGGUCCAUCCCAUGCCGGAUUUGGUCCCCAAAAUGGUGUGAGCAAUGCUGGUUACAAUCCAAUGUUUCAGGCUCAAGGACAAGUCAUGCACAAUGCAGCUCAAAUCAAUUUGUCUCAACUCCAGGGGCAUAUUCUAGCACAAAGUAUUCUGAGCAUGCUUCAGCAGCCUAAUAUGAAUAUGAAUAUACCUAAUGGUCAAUUUUCUUCUCAAUUUCCUGUGCAAAAUAUGAAUCAGCAGUUACAUAUGCAAGUGCCGAAUCCUUCUCAAGUUGGUCGGCAUGGUAUGCAUCCUGGUUCUGGCCCCAUGUUUGGCUUUCCAGGUCAAGUGCCUCAGGCCAUGGUUUCUCAAAAUCCAAUGUUUUCUGCAACACUGCAUACUGGUCUAGUGCAAGGAAAUCAGGCCAGGCCACAGUUUGACCAGAAUGAGAAAAGCCUGGUUCUACCAAAUGGGAACACAAAUGCCUUUGUCUCAUCAUCUUUUUCAUCUAUGCAGUUGCAGGGGAAUAGUUCUGCAUCACAUGCACAAACAAAUGUGAAUAGCAAUACCAAAAGUAACGAUCGAAAUUCUAGCUGGAAAGGAUCACAAAGCAAAAACUUCAAAAAUAAACAAACUCGAGGGGGGUUUGAAGGAAGAUUCCAGAAGUGUAGGUUUCCUAAAGAACAUAGGGACAAAGGGCCAAACAAUGGAAGAAUCGAACAUCAGCAGAAACCAAAAUUCAGUUUGAAUCAUAAGGAACAACAGCAGGAACCAAAAAGAUCAUUCUUUGUAACUUACACUGACCAAGAAAUCCAACAAUGGCGGGAAGCUCGGAGGAAGAAUCAUCCUUUCAACAACAUCCAGAAGAAACAGAGUGAUCAUACGAGAAGCCCCAAGGUGGAUAGGGUUGUCUUACAAAGAGAGCUCAAGCAGGUUUUAGCUAAGCAAGCUGAGUUGGGAGUUGAAGUUGCUGAAAUCCCAUCCUACUAUCUGAAGGAUCGUCAAAAUCAAGGUUCUCAGAGUGAAGGAAAAGACACACUUACCAACAAAAAGAGGAAAUUCCAGAACAAGAUCGACAGGAAACCCGACAGAAAAGGUCGGUUCUCCAAGAAACAGAAGUUUACAGACAAAGAUUCCUUAGAACAACGACCUUCUAUAACCAAGAAGAAGCCAACUUUAUUGCAGAAACUCCUGAGUGCUGAUAUAAAGAAGGAUAGGAGUCACCUGAUUCAGGCUUUCAGGUUCAUGGUAACAAAUUCCUUCUUUAAAUACUAUCCAGAUAAGCCACUGAUAUAUCCAUCAGUGGUUGUUAAAGAAACCGGGUCUGAAGGCAAUGCUGGAGAGAAACAUUUGCACGCUGGAAAAGAUGUUCUUGACCAUGAGAACAAGAAAACGGUUAAAAAAAUUGUAAAUGACGACAUUAAUGAUGUCCAUUUCAGUGAAGAGGAAAAGAGUGAUGAUGAUGAUUAUGAAAAUCUGCAAAAAGAACCGUCUUCCUUGGUUCAAAGGCAACGUGAUAAUGGAAUAGGCAUUGAGAAAUGUGACGAAGAAGAGGGAGAAAUCAUAGAUUGAAAUCCAAUAGUUAGCCCCUCGUUUUCUUGCAGAGCGCUUUAUAUAUAUAUGUGGAUGUGGAUAAGUUAUUUUGAUUUUUUUUUCUUAUUUUAUCUCUUUUAUUUUUACCUUCAUAUUAUAAUAUACAUCUAUUAUUAUAGAAUUUUGUAGCAGAGCGGGGCUUCUACUUACCUACUGGAUUCGUUCGGAAUUUCUGAUUUGGAGAUCUGAUUUAUAGAAGUCAAGUAACUAGUAUUUAUAUUCAAAAUAUUAACGAAUUAUUUAAUUUCCAUUUAUUUAUUUUUUAUUAU